AUUGUAUGACCAUUUGGAGAACCAUGAGGUUACACCUCAGCUUUUUGCUGCUCCAUGGUUCCUGACAAUGUUUGCUUCACAGUUCCCAUUAAGUUUUGUUGUUCGAGUAUUUGAUUUAUUGUUCCUGGAAGGGAUGGAAGCCAUUUUUCGUGUUGCAUUAGUGUUGCUAAGAACUCAUGAAGAAGCAUUGCUGGCAUGUGAUUCAUUUGAGCAGAUCAUGGAUUACAUGAAAACAACCAUGCCCAAUGUUCAACUCUUUCAGCAAGGAAACAUUAUGUCUCAGGCUUGUGAAAUGUCAUUGAGCAGAGAACUCCAUGCUUAUGAAGUUGAGUACCAUGUACUCCAGGAAGAGCUGGCUCUCUCUCCCCAGAAAGAUGCUGAUUUCAAGAAGCUCCAAGAAGCCAAUAGAAACCUUAAGAGACAGAACUUAGAUUUGUUAGAACAGCUUCAUCAUUCAAACUCACAGCAGCAUGCACUUGAAACUUCAAACCAGAGCCUGCAGCAAAGUCAGCACCAUCUGGAGGUGAGGGUUAGAUGGCUAGAACUCGAGCGUGGGAACCUGAAACAAUUAGUGAGCCUUCUGUCGCAAAAGGUUUCUCCUGAAGGCUUGGCUGAAAUUCCUCCUAACUUACAGCGGUUCUUGCCAACAGAUGCCUUGAAGCCUGAAAAGAAAGAGAGCCUAGAGCUGAAGAUCAGUGAGCCUGAGGACAGGGAAUCUUCGAGGGAGAGCGACGACAUCUCCUCAUCUCUUCCAACAAAUGACUUCCUCCUGGCUCACCAAGCUCAUCAGACUCGAACGAUGAGCAUGGACUAUGGUUCAAUGCAGAGAUACAUCAAACAUCUUGUUCACAAUGAUUAGAAGGGUUAAAGCUCAGUUUCUUAGGAAUGUCUAUAUAUUUGGGGCAAAAAAUUAUCUUGUCUUCUUAUUUACUCAAGAAAGAGAGGGUAUUUAUGCUGGACCAUCUUUACAUUGGAUGUGAUUUGACCAUGACUGAAGAGCAUUAUUAAAUGUAUAUCUAAUAUUUAGACAAUUAUUAUUCAGCUAUUUAAAGGGGAAUACUGUUAAAAUUUAGGCUUUUGAUAGCAGCAGAUGUUGGGUUAUUUAACCUUUUGUCAAGGAAGAUAUUCAGGAACAUUUAUAAGAGUAUUAAUUGUAUAUUUUCGUGUCUGUGAAGAGGCUGUGUGCCAAAGAAUGAAUGGAGAUAAAUAGUUGUGCUCUAUAUGUAAGUGAAUGUUAAUAUGCAGUUAAAACUUGACAGCUUUUACCAGUUCAUUGUAACAAUGUGCUUUAAGUGUGAACUGAAAUGUUACAUUAAUAAACAUGUAUAUAUUUGUGUGUUAUGUUAACAAAUAAAGAGUGGUUUAAGUAUCAUAUACAAGAGUGUGCAACAGUAAAUCCUGGUGUAUGAUGUAUAGUAAGCAGCAAACAUAGAAAUAAGAACUGUUCACUAGCAUAGAAAGUCUUGAAGUGGGAGGAAAAGUUUCUCCAAAAUAUGAUAUGACUACAUGUAGAUAUAUUUCCUUUCAAUAGAAGAUGUAACAGAGCCAUCCAGGUUAUCUGUUUGAUGCUUGUUAAAGAAAGCCAAUAUUUACCUUUUUCUUGAUGUUUAGUUGGAUGUGAAAAUUGCAAAGGCAUGGUUCUGAUGCAAUGGUAGUGUAUGUAAUAGUUGUAUUUUUUAUUUUGGUAUAUAAAAGUUUUAUAUUUAUUAGCAGUUUGUAGAAGCCUUCCUAGGACAUGAAGAUUGUGUAUUUGAUAUUUACCUUAUUUUUUUUAAUAAGUUCAUUUAUUUGUUUUUUGUAUUUACAAGUUCAGUCCCUUCCACUUGCAAACUCACCACUUAACAUUUACCAGUGUGUGUACAUCUGGUUUUGAGGCUUGUAUCUGUAGGCAUAUAUUUCAGAUGUGAGUCAAGACAAGUGGCUCACACAUUGGCAAUUCUGAAUGGUAAACAUGGAAGUGGAGGAAACUAGUAUGCUUUCAAUUAUGCAUUGGCAUUUUUUUUUCAUUUUCUUUCCCAGUACUUUCUUGCCUGUCUUAUUAUUUUUCUGUUUCCUUCCUAAGAGUUACUGUCUGGUGCUAAUGCAUAUGCAUCUGUGACAAAUAAUGCAGUAAUUUUGAAGUGCAUGACUUAGUGUGAUUAUGAAUGCAUUUUCAUUUAGAUUUGUGUGGCCUCAGGAAAUGGUGGAAUGGCUCUUCAUAAGUGUGAAGUAGAAUGUUAAAAUAUUUUUUAGUGUUUGCUUUAGAUUCUAACUUGAGACAGGAAUUACAGAUUUCACUGUAACUCCACAAUUUUUACAGUAGAGGUGUAUAAUUUAUGAUAUGAUAGUGAUAGUGUGUGCUGAUGUGAAUAUACCCAUUGCUUUUUUAUAUAAUCUUAAGAUUUGAAAGAAAGACUAAAAAUAACACAGCAUUUGCACAGAAAUUCAUCUAGUCAAGACAUUGUUUUCAAUAUGCAGUUAUUUAUGCAAAAUAUAUAUGGCUAACUCUCCCCUUAAGUUAAUAUUUUCAUCUUACAUGUCCAUUUUUAUGUCAUCAAAUAUUUUAUUCAGGAAAAAUGCUUAAUUUACUGUUAUCCCCUCUGUUUAAAGGGAUCUAUUAAGAAAAUAUUGCUCCAUUGCUAACAUUACUGUUAGGUCAUCGGUCGACAUUAUCAGGAGAAAUAAAUGUGUUUUGUGUAAAGGUCCAGAAUUCAUGAGAGUUCAUGUUUUACUGUCAUUGGGGAUUGUUCCCUAACUAUCCUAGCUUAGAUCUACAUAUUUGAAGUUUGAUAAAAGAAAAAAUCUUCACAUAAAGUUUAAUAUGACUUACACCAGUAGUAUCAAUAGUAACUGUAGAUUUGCAGUAAGUAUUAUUUUUUAAAGAUUUUGUCUGUAUGCUCUAUAGAUUCAUGCAGAAUUAAGGGCAGUUUCAGCAAUGGCAAUUUAAAGCUAAAAGUGUACAUAUUAAAGAUAGUAAUCAAGUCUUGUUAUAUAAUAUUAUAUAGACUUACAGAAGAAACCAGAAAGAGGCAAGACAUUAAUAGCAAUAGUUGACUUUUGCCAAACAAUAUUCACCAACUUGUCUCUGAUUUGUGCUCCUCAUCAGAGUUGAAGGUCAAGCAUUUGCUCUUAGUAUCUCUGUCUGUUCUCGUUUUAUGAAAACAAAAUUACCCUUUUUCUAUGUAUAGCGUUAUUUGGAAGAAUAAAGAACAAUCUUCGUAAUCCUCUGGACAACAUUACUUAAAGAAAGGAAGGAUUGCUCAUAUAUUUGUAAGGCGUUUGCUGUUUCACUGAUGAAAUCAUUUUUUUGAUUAAGGGACAGUUGAUUUUAUUGACAUUGGUGUUGAUAUUUAUCAUUUUAUGAUAUUUAAUAAAUGGAAGAAUGUAUUAGUAAAGGAAAUUGGCAACUGCAACACUAGAGCUUUAGAAUGACUGGAUGCGGCACCUUGGAUUAAAUUUAGACAGAAACCUAUCCAUAGAGGUCAUUUGGUAUAAUUAUGGUACUAGUCUAAAUAAAUACAAUUUUAUUUGAUGACAUUUGUAGUAAACAUGUGUUAUUAUAAAAAAUAUAUAUACAUAGAUCCUUGUAAAAUAAAUUUUGAUGCAAAAGGA